UGUCGCUGCACUGCUAUCGUGCCGGCUUUGCCGACCCUGAAAAUUGGCUCCUUCGAGAGUUCGAUGAUCUAUGCGAUCGAGCACAGCGCAGUCAGUGCCCACUUUCGCCAGUCGCCGCACAAUCGGUUCUCAAACUUUGCUCGCUCUCACUGCCUCAUCAUCAAAGCUGGCACACUUUGACGCUCGCGUGUUGCGCAUUACUGGACCCAGCGCUUGCGCGCAACUUUACAGAUACUCUGGGCACCGAAACCGAUGCGUGCGUCACUCCUCGGCAUGUAUCUCGUGCAAGCCGUGGCGUUUGGUGCCAAGCGCCUGGCACAGCGUCGUGGCCUCGCGCUGCGUUCGACUGCAUACGACGCGCUGACAAAGGAGCUGCGCGAGGUGGCACGACUAGAAGAAGUGAGCGGAAUCCUCUCCUACGAUGAGCAAUGCUUCAUGAGCGAAGGUUCCGCGGCCUCUCGCGCGGCACAGAAGGAGGCGCUGGCGGGAGUCAUUCACGAGAAGCGGACGAGCGCUCGCAUGGCCGAAGUCAUCGACGCGGCUCGCGGCUUGAAGCUCGACGACGCGCGCGAGAACGCGAACGUUAGGGAUGCCAUCGAGGGCUUCGACGUCGAGAGCCGCAAGAGCAAGGACCUGGCCGAGCGCGAGGCGCGCCUCGAGAGCGAGUGCUUCGUGCGACUCGGCGUCCCUUGGACGCCAUCGCCGCGACACGACGGCAUCGCCCGCGCAGGUCGCGUGGAAGAAGGCUCGCGAGGCCUCGGAUUACCCGGCCUACGCACCCAUCUUGCAGGAUAUGUUCGCCCUAAAGCGCGAGGUGGCCGCGACGACGCGGCCCGACGUUUGUGCGGCCGGCGAGCCGUAUGACGGCGCGCUGGACGCCUUCGAGCGUGGAAUGACCGCAUCACGCCUCGACGCGAUCUUCGCAAAAACGCGGGAAGGGCUCGAACCGCUGCUGAAAGCGGUGCUUGCCAAGAAGCGCGACGCGCCGGACGUCGACGCAUUACCUCCAGCUUUGGCCUUUGAUCACCCCGGGUGGAAGGGCUCCGUCGAGAAGCAGGCCGAGCUCUCGAAGAAGGUAGCGGCAGACCUCGGCUUCGAUUUCACGAAGGGCCGCUUCGACGUCUCGACCCAUCCUUUUACGGGGGGCGCGUGUCCGACGGACGUGCGCAUCACGACGCGCUAUAGCGACGGCAACUGGCUCGAGGGCUUCGCGGGCACCGUCCACGAGGUCGGCCACGCGCUCUACGAGCAGGGUAGAGCGGGCGACGCCGUCGGCGACGGAUUACCGGUCUCCAAGGCCCUGUCCAUGGGCACGCACGAGAGCCAAAGCCUGCUGUGGGAGCGCAUGGUCCUGCAAUCCAAAGCGUUUUGGGAGUACGCCGCGCCGCUCUUCCACGAGGCCUUUCCGCACACGAAAGAGGCGUCCCCCGAGGACUUCUACCGCGCCAUCAACCGCGUGCAGCCGGGCCUGAUCCGCGUGGAAGCGGACGAGCUCUCGUAUCCGUUCCACGUGUUCCUGCGAUAUGAUGUAGAAAGGGCUCUGUUCGCGGGAGAAUUGGACGUCGCGACCAUCCCGCAGCAGUGGAACGCGUACAUGAAGGAGCGCCUUGAUGUUGAUGUGCCCGACGACGCGAGCGGGGUCGAGAGCUGUGUGGAAAUCAACCAGCGGUCAUGGCGAUGGUCGCGUCGAUGGCGUGGGGCGCCCGAAAUUUGAUUUCCACACAGGUCCUGCAGGACAUCCACUGGUCCUUCGGCGCCGUGGGCUACUUUCCGUCGUACACGCUCGGCGCGAUCAUGGCGGCGCAGAUCUUCGCCGCGGCCGAGGACGCAUUACCAGACCUCUCGGACCAGAUCCGCCGCGGCGAGUUCGCGCCGCUCCGCGAGUGGCUACGCACCGAGAUCCACGAGGUCGGGAGCACCUACGCGUCUCCCGACGACUUGCUGCGAGCGGUUACGGGCGACGGCAUCGAUCCGGCGCCGUUCCUGGACUACUUGACGGCGAAGUACGGGGAGCUGUAUGGGCUAUAGUGGAGUUAUUGUGUAUUUUAGGCCGUGUCGAUUUUAUUAGGUCGCGUCGCUAGUAUCUCUAUAUGCGCUAGUUCAAACUCGGAGCGCUUUUGAUAUCAGGCGCCUAGCUCCCUUGUUUUUGAGCCGGGAACUGCCAGACGCUGUACAGGAGCUCCUCCACUCUGACACUCGCGCGCGCCGGUCGAAAACCGCAUCGUUUGCGCCCCCAAAACCGCCCAGACAAGCCGAAACCCUCAGGCAGCGCGCACCA